AUGGUUUGCCUUGCGCGCUCGUUCCAGUUGCAGUUAAUUGACGUGGUCAUUGAACAACAUCCUCGUCGGGAUGACAACAAUCCUGCCAUUGACCCAAUGAUAAUCCAAGAUCAAGGCACAACGGGGGAUGCACUACUUAAUGAUUUCGGAAUGGAUGAUGAAGUCGAUCUGCUGCAAUCAUUUUGUCCCCACAAGGAGAAAGUCUUCCUUUCCGCUCCAUGGGCAAAAGGUUUUUCCCGCAUUGGACAACAUUUCGAAGGUGGGGCUUCUGAAUUUCGCAAUGUACUACGGAAAUACGCCGUUGAAUGUGGGUUCCAGAUCAAAUUUCUGAAGAAUGACUCCGUUCGGGUAACGGCUAUAUGUGCUAUGAACGAAUCGAAGUCUUGCACGUGGUCUGUGCACGAACGGAAAUUGGAGGCAAAUGGAUUUUUCUACUUACGAAAAUGGAACAGUGAACACAUUUGUGGCGUGGCUGUGCGUACGUCCACACACCCACUUGUUGGGUCUGAUCUUGUGGCCGACAUUGUAUCUGAACGUGUGCGUGAUAGACCUUUAACCCGUCCGACCGAAGUGAUAUUGGACUUGAAACAAGAUUACGGGCUCGAUAUAAGUUACCGGGUGGCCUGGCUCGGUGUUGAAAAAGCGAUGGGAGAAUUGUUCAGUGCACAUUCCAUUUCAUUUGACCAGUUACGCUGGUAUAGUAAUGCAGUAUUGGAACACAACCCCGGGACUUACAUUAACAUUGAAUACGAUGAUCACACCCAACAGUUCACACGCUACUUCAUUUCAUUCAAAGCAUGCAUCGACGGGUUCCACCAUUGCCGUCCCCUGCUUUUCCUAGACGCCACGUUCCUCAAAGGCCGAUUCAAAGGUUUUCUACUUGCGGCCACUGCAAAAGACGGAAACCAAGGUUUGUUCCCGCUAUCAUAUGCGGUGGUAGAUUCCGAAAACACCUCAAACUGGUCUUGGUUUCUUCAUCAUCUCGCGCAGGUGGUUCAUGGGGACAGACCUCUAACAUUCGUAUCGGAUCGGAACCUUGGUUUGCUAGAGGCAAUGCCCACCGUAUUUCCAAAUGCAGAACAUGCAUUCUGUCUACAACAUUUGCAGAGGAACUUAAGGGACAGGUUGCGUUACACAACCAGUAUGCAUCGGGCACGUUUGGUUAGCAAAUUACGACAUUGCGCAUACGCAUCAACUGUUACCGCUUUUAACCACAGAGUUGAACAAUUCCAAAAAACGGGCCGGUCUGUUGCAUCUGAAUUCCUAGCAAAUGCACAUCCACAACAUUGGGCAAAUGCAUUUUUCAGGGGGCGACGUUAUGGCGAAAUGUGCUCAAAUGCUGCAGAAUCAUUCAACUCAUGGGUCCGUGAGGCCCGUAACCUCCCAAUCACAAGAAUGGUUGACAGCAUACGGACCAAAUUGAUGCGACAAAUGGCGAAACGUAGAGACGCUUCCCAACUGUGGACCGGCACCAUAUGUCCCAAAAUGGAAGAUCGUUUAGAAAAAGCAUUCAACGAAGGUAGAUCAUGGAAAGUGAGCCAAUCAAACGCUGAUGUGUACGAAGUGCACUCUUUCCCAUCGGACACUGUUGAUAUCGGAUAG